CAGAUCCCUCUUUUACUCUCUCUCUCUCUCUCAGCGAACCAACCAACUAACCAGGAACUCUCCAAUAAAUCGUGAAAUUUACUCCAAAGGAUAAACUUCAAUCCGAUCCAACGAAGGAAAGUUGUUGUCCAAUCAAUUGCCUCGAUUCCCGCAAUAAUUGAUCCCUGAUAAACAAACAGUUCGCCGCCGGCCGAAUUCGCUGUCUCGAUUCGGGAAGAUGAUGCGCAGGCAGCAGGAUCAGCACACGAGGGCUCUGUACGAGCUCUCUGCUUUGGCUCUGAGCAUUCUCCGAUGUCCGCCGGCGCCUAUUGGAUUCGCCGGCGACUCUCCGGUGGAGGAGAGGCUUCGGCCGGUUCAGCAGCAAAUCAGUCCCGCCGGAUUCGCUACCUUCCUGCUAGGGAUUUCGUGCGCCUUGAUGGUUUGUGGAUCUGUGACUUUCUUCAUCGGAUUCGUGAUGAUGCCGUGGGUGCUUUGCCUGGCCAUGGUUUUGUACUUCGUCGGGAUCGUCGCCAGCUUGUCCAUGCUCGGCCGCAGCAUUCUCUGCCAUUUAUCGUUUUCGCCGGAGAAACACCCUCACUGUAAGUGUCUUCCUUCAUCUUUCGCGUUGUAAAAGUAAAACUAUGUGUGUAUCAUUAUCAUUAUUCAAAACUAUGUGUCCAAUUCAAACCAUGGAAUUGGAAUUAAAGACUUCAAUUCCAAUUCUGGUGUUUGGUGUAAGAUGAAAAAAAUAAAAUUUAUAUAUUUAAAAAAUUAUUCUGCAAAACAAAAUGUGACAAGAAAGUGAUUAAAGUUUCAUCCUUUAAAUAGUAAUAGUAACAAGGAAGCAUGUUUUAGGACGGAGUAAUUAAAAAUGUAUUUCGUGGGCGUCUCUGUUUUCUUUCUAUGUGAUCUAAAUUGAUUUGGUGCUUAUAGAGACCACUAUGAACUCUAAUGGUCUAGGCAUUUUCUUGUCCAAUAUCACUUAUCAGAAUGAACACAAGGACAUGGUUCACUGUCCUAAUUUGCACGAACCAUGGUGGGUUUUUUAAAGUAUAUUGAACAGAGGAAAAUUUCCAUUUCCCUUCUUCUCCUUCUAUUUCCUUCCAUUUUCCAUUCAAAAGAUUGCAAUGUUGAGAAUGAACCAUAGCCCAUUGGUCUCUAUAUUCGGCUAUGUUGCACAGGUUCUUCAAAUGUAAGUGUCAUUUAUUGUCUAUGAAACAUCCUCAUUUGGAUAUUACGUGCCGUGUGCCGUCCUGACACCCAAAUCCUCAAUAAAUUUUGAAAAAAGUUGAUGUUUCCUGUUCCCAACCCUGUGCAACUUAGAUAUUCGGAUGUGGAUUCUAAUAUCUUUAGGAAUAGAUCUUUUAUAUUUCCUCAUUUAAAUGAAUUUAAAUGAACUUGGGGUAGUAUCCAUAAACAUUUUCAGAGGUUGAGUAAAGGAUUGGUUUAUGA